AGAAGUGGCAGCUGCGAAGGACACUGGCCAGGACGGAUCCAAUAUUGGAGCAUUUCAGGAGAAGCCAUGGCCUCGGACACAGUUACCACGAAGUUUAAGGAAGAAGCAAUCUGUUCCAUCUGUCUGGAACUGAUGACUAAGCCUAUGAGCAUUGACUGUGGACACAGUUUCUGCCACUUAUGCAUAACAGGCAUUAUUGAGAAACAAAGGCAGGAGACACUGCACUGCCCCCUGUGUCGGCAACCUUUUACUAGGAAUAGCCUCCGGCCCAAUAGGCAGCUGGAAAGUCUCAUUGAAUCUUUCAAGGAGAUGAAUAAGAGCGUGUGUGAGAAACAUGGAGAGAAGCUGCUCCUGUUCUGUGAGGAUGAUGGUCAGCUCAUCUGCUGGUGCUGUGAGCGGUCACCGCAGCACAGAGGACAUGUCACUGCUCUUAUUGAAGAUGCUUGCAAAGGCUACAGGACAAAACUUGAGAAGACUAUCACAAAACUGAAGCAAAUGCAAGACCAGUGUAACAAUCUAAAGAUGUCCAUGAAAGAGCAAAUAACCAUCUGGGAGGAAACUAUAGAAAAAGAGAAACAAAGAAUCCACUCUGAUUUUGAGAUCCUCUAUGCCUUCCUUCGUGAAGAGGAGAAGUCUCACAUGUCAAAACUGGGGAAGCAAAAGGAACAGGCUCUGAAGAGACUACAAGCUGACAGCACAAGUCUGAAAAUGCAGAGCGACAGACUCAAGGAACACAUCAUGGAACUGGAGAAGAAGUAUCAGGAUCCUAAGUGUAAAUUGUUGCAGAAUGUGAAAGACGUCUUGAGCAGGAGUUCAUCUGUGAAUCUGGAGUUGCCGGAGACUUUCUCUUUGGAUCCUCCUAUUGAGUGCAAUGUUUCUGAGCUGUACUUGGAUGUGAAGAAAACAUUAAAGAGCUACCAAGUUGAUGUCACUCUGGAUCCAGAUACAGCUCAUCCUGAUCUACUUGUGUCCGACGAUCGGAGAUGUGUAACUGGUCCUAACUCCAGGAAAAGUCUUCAGACUGGAAGCCGCAAGCAUUUGCUCUACUCCGUUCUAGGCUGUGAGGGCUUCACCUCAGGGAGACAUUAUUUUGAAGUGGAUGUGGGAGAUAAAACUGGGUGGGAUAUAGGUGUUUGUCUAGAAAGUGUGCGGAGAGAUGGUCACCAGGUACAGGAGCCUCUGACUGGAUUUUGGACUAUCAGAUUAUUACGGCAGAAUAGUUGUGUGGCCCUGACCUCUCCUCAGACUCCACUUUCUCUGAUGAACCAGCCCCGGGUCAUAGGAGUGUUCCUAGAUUAUGAGGCUGGAUUUGUCUCUUUUUACAACAUGACUACUGGUUCCCACAUCUUCACUUUCCCCAAAGCCUCCUUCCCUGAGACUCUCAAACCCUUUUUCCAGGUUUGUAACGAUACAUUAUUGUGUCUGCCUCUUCCAGACAAAUAAGGAAAGGAGUAAAACAUCCUUUGUGGUUUAUCCAUUAUAGAGAACAUAAUGCAAAUCCAGCUGAAAACAUUAAUUCUACAUUCUUCCCUGCUAUUUCCCUGUACCGAGAACAUUCCCGUACCAAGACUAGUGCUGAGUUUUUAUGAAUAUUUAAUGUUUAUUGGCAUUAAAGAGAGUCUCUUGCCCACACGCCUGGCUGUCUUCCCCGGGGCCCCUCGGAGGAGAUGGGCUCCAACUUCCCUCCCCACCACGAGCAGAGCUCCUGGCGGCCGAAGACCACCGGAUCCUAGCUACAGCCAUGCUCAAGGCCCCUCUCCACACAUUCGAACAGGCCUCAUGCAUGAAGGUACCGGCAGAGGAACCCAGGUGUGUGUAAUCCCAUCAACGGCCAACAUCCAGAGAGAGACUUAAAAGCAAGCUCCCAGAUAUCUUUAGCCUUCUUCUCCCUCUGGGAGAAACUGGCAAUCUUCUCAGAGUUUCCUGCCCACCUGGGACAGCCUUGCAAGCUUCCCAUGGUGUAUUCAUACGCAAAAUCCAGUAACAAGCUGGAUCACAUUCCCCUGACCCUGAAGAGCCCCCAGUGCAACAUCGUUAGGAGGGUCGAGUCGAGAUGGACUUCUAAGAUCUCAGGGAAAGGACAAAAUGAGAUGUAACUGAGCCCACCCGAGAAAUCGGUGAUUAGUGGGAUUCCGUGAUUGGCAUUAAAUAAAUGGAUAUGCAAAUUCUUGAAGAUAUUGUAUCUUAUGACUCUGAACUUGAAAAAAAACCA